UCGACGACUAGUGAAAGAACUUUUGUCCGAGACACUCUCUCGCCUGGAUACCAACGUAUACACAUUGGAUUCGGCAGACAAUUUUCACAGCAAGCACUCGUCACCGGCAGCCUGCAGCUCCUCCAGGACCCGCAGUUGCAGCAACUCGUCAACUUCCAGCAGGUCCUGCCGUACUUCAACAACCCGAGCCAGAGUCCCCCCGAGCCGUUGCAGAGCAACAACAAAAACAACCACGUGAACCACAACCAGGUGACCACCGGAAACAAUCAUAUUUGCAACGACAACAACAACAACCACCACCACCAAAUAGUCAGCGCGGGGGGUCACAAGAACGGGAAGCAAAAGCAGAUAGUACUGCAGGGUCCGGAGAGCGCGAUGAAGGCCAAGAGCAGGGACGCGGCGAAGCAGCGCCGCGAGAAGGAGAACCAGGAGUUUACCGAGUUGGCGAAACUCCUGCCCCUGCCCGCGACCAUCACGACUCAGCUCGACAAGGCGAGCAUCAUCAGGCUGACCACGAGCUACCUCAAGCUACGCAAUCUAUUUCCCAAUGGCUUGGGAGACGAAUGGGGCGCGACACCGCCUCUGAACCAUCCCAGGGCCGAGGGGAGCAUCAAGGAGUUGGGCUUUCACUUGUUACAGACGCUCGAGGGUUUUGUCUUCGUCGUGGCGCCGGACGGCAAAAUCAUGUACAUCAGCGAAACGGCCAGCACGCACUUGGGCCUGUCGCAGGUGGAGUUGACGGGCAACAGUAUAUUCGAGUACAUCCACCCUCAGGACCGCGACGAGAUGAACUCGAUGCUGAACUCGGCACCGCCGAGUCACCCGCCGCCGUCCAUGAACGCCCAGGGUGACAUUGCGAUUCCGCGUACCUUUUUCAUCCGCAUGAAGUGCGUCCUCGCCAAGAGAAACGCCGGCCUCACCAACUCGGGUUACAAGGUGAUUCACUGUUCGGGUUACCUGAAGCUUAAGCAGCUCGCCAAUCCGGAGUACAGCGACGGGGCGCCAAAUGGCACCGUAAGCCCUUACACGCUGCACAACGUCGGCCUCGUCGCCGUGGGCCACUCGUUGCCGCCGAGCGCCAACACGGAAAUCAAGAUGCACCGCAACAUGUUCAUGUUCCGGGCGUCCCUCGAUCUCAAGCUCAUCUACCUCGACACAAACGCCACGAGGCUGAUCGGCUACGAGCCCCAAGAGCUCAUAGACAAAACUCUCUACAACUACGUACACGUGAACGACAGCGUGACGAUACAGCAGUCGCAUCAUACCUUGUUGUGGAAGGGCCAAGUGACGACUCGGUACUUUAGGUUCAUGACCCGUUCGGGUGGUUACGUCUGGAUGCAGUCAUACGCGACGAUAGUCCACAAUUCACGGAGCUCCCGGCCGCACUGCGUCGUCUCGAUGAACUACGUGCUCUCGGCCACCGAGGACAAGGAGCUCAUAUUCGCCCUCGACCAGAAGGCCAAUCGCAAAUCCUCCCCGGGGCCCAGCCACGUUUCCGCCAACGGCACCUCCACGGCCCCCAAAUCGCCCAUUGGCAACCCGUUACCCAAAUGCGCCCGCGACCUGGCCACGGACGAGCUCCAACAGCCACCCAAGCAACUCAACAGUCCCGUCUCGUCUUACGGCUCCUCGUUGACCGACAACGGCAAUCUCGUGGCCGCCGGUGGGGUGCCAGCCAUCGUCGACACCCACUACACGACCAGCCCCAGCUGCGCUGGCAGCCCGAAUUACGCGAGCUCCGAGUACGCGGGCUACAACGGCACCAUGGUACAGACGAGCGCCCCUUACCAUCCCGGUGCCCAGACCACGGACGACUCUGCAGCCUACUACCCCAUGGACAUGUACUACAACCAGGGCUACCCAGGGUCUACGCAUCUGAACGUGGUCCAGCAGCAGCAGCAUCCGCAAAUGAUGCAGCAGCAGAGUCCCAUGCACGGGGGUACGAUGCAGCCCAGUCCCCAUCAUCAGCAGCCUCGAGCUGGCCAAAAGAGGUCUUACUCGACCUCGUCGAGUUCGGGGGGUAGUAGCAUGGACGAGUCCACGGAUCCGUACGUCGGCCAGCACUACACGCCUUAUCCGUCCCCGCCGAACCAAGUCCAGCAACACCACGUGCUCGACUCGCCGCCCAACGACGCCGGCGCCGCCAUGUUCAACAGUUGUAGCUUCAACGUGCCCGUGUCCACCGGCUACGCGAACGGCUACGACGCCACCAACGCCAUACCCAUGACGAACCAUCAUCAACAACAUAACGAUUACCAGUCCCACCAAAUAAUCCACCAUCAUCACGAGGACAACAGGCUGCAGCACCAGUUGCACGUGGACAGUGGCUACGUCGUCGAUCACGUGGUCGACAUGCCCGUCCUGUACGCCAACACGCCCGAGUACAGUCCGAAUAAUAAUGCGUCGGGCGUGCAGUCCCUGCACCACAGCAUAUGUUACGAGGGCGUGCCGGGCGCGGAGAUGGUCGUCGACGAGAGGGCCGCCAAGAGCCUCAGUGUCUGCUGA